GCGGCGCAGGACGAUGGUGGCUGAGCUGCUGGGGGCGGAGGCUCCGUAGCCCCCGCGGAAAAGGAGCCCGGCGGCGCCUGCCCAGCCGAGCCGAGGAUGGAGAGCCGGCCGGGGUCCUUCCAGUACGUCCCGGUGCAGCUGCAAGGGGGGGCGCCCUGGGGCUUCACCCUGAAGGGGGGCUUGGAGCACUGCGAGCCGCUCACGGUGUCGAAGAUUGAAGAUGGAGGCAAGGCAGCCUUAUCCCAGAAGAUGCGGACUGGUGAUGAGCUGGUGAAUAUCAAUGGCACUCCAUUGUAUGGCUCCCGCCAAGAGGCCCUCAUCCUUAUCAAAGGCUCCUUCAGGAUCCUCAAGCUGAUUGUCAGGAGGAGAAACACCCCUGUGAGUAGGCCGCACUCAUGGCAUGUGGCCAAGCUGUUGGAGGGGUGCCCUGACGUGGCCACCACCAUGCAUUUCCCUUCUGAAGCCUUCAGCUUGUCCUGGCAUUCCGGUUGCAACACUAGUGACGUGAGUGUACAGUGGUGCCCCCUCUCCCGGCAUUGCAGCACUGAGAAAAGCAGCUCUAUUGGCAGCAUGGAAAGCCUGGAACAGCCAGGCCAACCUACCUACGAGGGGCACCUCUUACCCAUUGACCAGAACAUGUACCCCAGCCAGCGUGACUCAGCCUAUAGCUCCUUCUCAGCCAGCUCAAAUGCCUCUGACUGUGCCCUUUCCCUUAAGCCAGAGGAACCACCCUCUACAGACUGUGUCAUGCCGGGACCCGGGCCAAUUAAAGUCACUGAUGACCAAGCUAAUGUAUCUGAGACCUCAGGAAGUAGCCACAGUACCAGUGAGGACCACGUGACCUCCACUUCCCAUGCAUCAUCUUGCUCAGACGAGGGCCAUCACUCAGGACCUGCCAAGAUGGCACGGGGUCCACCAGAGCCUCCAGUGAGGCGGGACAGCCUUCAGGCCUCUAGAGCCCAACUUUUCAAUGGAGAGCAGCAUCGCACGUCUGAACCUGUGGACUCCUUACAACAAAAGGAAAACCCAGGCUUAGAGACAGUGCUGCCCCCAAGGAGCUCUAAUCAGUUCUGCUGCCUUAGUGGGCAAGACCAAGUGACAGAUGAGGACCACCAGAACUGUGAGCUCAGCAAGCCUUCUGAGUCCAACCAGGAUGACUGUGAGCAUCUACUGAUAGAGGGCUCCUCCAAAGCUCUUGAUUCCCCCAAAGCCCAUGACAAAGGUUCCAACAAAGAGUUUGGCCUGCUUAAGGAGGUUUCAGAUGACCUGGCUAACACUUUGUCCUUUGGUGCCAUUCCGCACCUCCGAGGAACCACAGAACAUCGCCAUAGUGCUCCUGAACAGCUGUUGUCAUCCCACUUGCAGCAGGUGCACCUUGAUUCCAGAGGCAGCAAGGGGAUGGAGUUGCCAAUUGGGCAGGAUGGACACCAGUGGACUGUGUCCCCUUUACACAACAACCCUAAAGGGAAGAAAAGUCCAAGUCUCCCCACGGGAGGCACCCAGGACCAGACCAGUAAAGAAAGGAAGACCACGCCCAUGGAUGAUAAGCUGAUGCCUUCUGUGCACCAGAGCCAAAGUGAUGUCCUACUUGGGGAGGUUGAUGGACACCCAAACCGAGCAGGCAGAGCAAGCAGUGACUUGACUAGCCAGCAGCCCUCUGCCACUUGCUCCUCUGUUCAACAAACCAGAGACUUCUUUUCAGCCCAUAAAGUAGUUGAUCACACAGAAGCAACGGAAGAAGGUGACAAUGAGCCUAAGGAGUGUGGCCGAUUGGGUGGCAGAAGAAGUGGAGGCCCCCGGGGCCGCUCCAUCCAAAACCGACGGAAGAGUGAGAGGUUUGCUACCAAUCUACGGAAUGAAAUUCAGAGGAGGAAAGCCCAGCUCCAGAAAAGUAAGGGCCCACUGUCACAAUUGUGUGACACAAACGAAGCUGUGGAAGAGACCCAAGAGCCUCCAGAGAGCCCUCCACUCUCUGCUUCUAACUCAUCUCUUCUGCCUUCAUAUAAAAACGUCCCUAGCCCUGGAGAAAAGGUCUUUAACAAAAGCAUGAUUCUCAGGGCUAGAUCUUCAGAAUGCCUCAGCCAAGCCUCAGAGAGCUCCAAAGCUAGGGGAGGCUUAGAGGGAAGAAUGAGCCCUGGCCAGAGGUCUGGCCAGUCUUCUUCAGCCCUGAGCACAUGGUGGAAGGCAUCUGACUCCUCCACCUUAGACACUGAGAAAACAAAUGCUCACCACGGUGUCUGUAGAGGCCACUGGAGAUGGUCUCCAGAGCAUAGCACACAGCCACAGGUGGCACUCUCCACAGAAGCUCCUUCCAGCCCAGAUGACAACAAAGAGUUGAAGACAUCUACACCUCAAGCUGGGGAAGAAGCUGUCCUCAUGCCAUUUGCAGACAGAAGGAAGUUCUUUGAAGAGAGCAGCAAAUCUUUAUCCACAUCUCAUUUGCCAGGCUUAACCACUCAUAACAACAAGCCAUUUAUCCAGAGACCCAAACCUAUAGAUCAAAACUUCCAGUCAGUGAACUAUAGGGAUUUAAGGUGCCAUCCUCUGGACCAAUCAUAUCAUUCCGCAGACCAAUCAUACCAUGCUGCAGACCAAUCCUAUCAUUCCUUGUCACCACUUCAGUCAGAAACUCCCACUUACCCAGAAUGCUUUGCUUCUAAAGGCCGAGACAAUUCCCUGUGCUGUAAGGCAGUGCAUCAUGGGGACUGUGAUUACCACAGGGCCUGUUCUCACCCCUGCAGCGCUCAGGGAACUGUAAGGCAUGAUCCUUGCAUUUGUUGUUCUGGAGAAAUCUGCCCUGCCUUGCUAAAGAGAAACUUGUUGCCAAAAUGCCACAACUGUAGGUGUCACCACCACCAAUGCAUCCGGUGUACAGGUUGCUGUCACGGUCCUCAGCAUGGUGCCCAUGAGGACAGCAGCAUGGCUCCUGGCAAUGCUUGGAAACCCAGGAAGGCAUCCAUACAGGAAUUUCCUGUGGACAAGUGGAAGCCAAUAACAGGAAACAGGAAAACUAGUCAUUCCGGGAGGGAAAUGGCUCAUUCUAAGGCCAGCUUUUCAUUGUCUACUCCUUUCCAACCUUGCAUUGAGAAUCCAGCACUGGACUUGUCAAACUACCGAGCAGUCUCUUCUCUUGACAUCCUUGGAGACUUCAAACGUUACUCGAACAAACCAGAGGAAUCUGCAGUUUAUGAGGAUGAGAACUCUGUUGCCUCCAUGCCCCGGCCACUACGGAGCAGAGCUUUCUCUGAGAGUCACAUCAGUUUAGAGCCUCAAAACACCCAGGCCUGGGGGAAACAUCAGAGGGAAUCGGUUAGUAAAGGCAGUGAGACUCAGCCAGAUACUCUUGGGGCCCGAAAGAAGAAGGCCUUUCCUCCUCCUCGCCCUCCUCCUCCCAACUGGGAAAAAUAUAGGCUCUUCCGUGCAGCACAGCUGCAACAGCAGCAGCAGCAGCAGCAGCAGCAGCAGCAGCAGCAGCAGCAGCAGCAGCAACAGCAACAGCAGCAACAACAGCAACAGCAACAGCAGCAACAACAGCGAUGUGAAGAGGAAGAAGAGAAGGAGCAAGAGGAGGAGGGAGAGAAAGAGGAGGACCUACCACCCCAGUAUUUUAGUUCAGAAGUCACUGGUUCAUGUGCCCUUAAUAAAGAGGAGCAGCCACAGUCCCUGAAGAUGGGCCACCAGGAAGCCUCAAGGCGGGGUUCACAGAGCCUCCAAGAGCAAGACGCCUUUGCUCUGCAUCCUAGCAAUUUUGUGCCUCCAGGAAGGGGCUGCACUGUACCCCAGCCUGAGAAAGCUCAACGUCCUCGCUAUUAUGGCACUCAUGGACUAUGGAGGACAACUGAACAAGAAGUUACUGUGACCCCAAAACAAGAGUUUCAGUGCUUCUCCCCUCCUAAGGGGGCCUCGGGAAUCCCUACCUCUUACUCAGCUUAUUAUAACAUCUCUGUGGCCAAGGCAGAACUGCUGAACAAGUUAAAACAGCAGCCUGAGAUGGCAGAGGCAGGCCUGGGAGAGGAGGGAGUUGACUAUGAACUGGCUCAAAAAAAGAUUCAGCUCAUUGAAAGCAUUGGUCGAAAACUUUCUGUCCUGCGGGAGGCCCAGCGAGGGCUACUGGAUGACAUCAGUGCCAACGCUGCCCUUGGAGAGGAGGUAGAGGCCAACUUAAAAGCUGUCUGCAAGUCCAAUGAGUUUGAAAAGUACCAUUUGUUUAUUGGAGACCUGGACAAAGUGGUCAACCUGUUGUUGUCACUUUCUGGACGACUGGCCCGGGUGGAGAAUGCUCUCAACAGCAUCGACUCAGAGUCCAACCAGGAGAAGUUGGUGCUGAUAGAGAAGAAGCAGCAGCUGACGAACCAGUUGGCAGAUGCCAAGGAGUUGAAGGAGCAUGUGGACGGCAGGGAAAAGCUGGUGUUCAGUAUGGUCUCCCGCUACCUGCCUCAGGACCAGCUCCAAGAUUACCAGCACUUUGUGAAGAUGAAAUCUGCUCUCAUCAUUGAACAGAGAGAGCUGGAGGAGAAGAUCAAACUUGGAGAAGAGCAGCUUAAAUGCCUCAAAGAGAGCCUGCACUUGGGGCCCAGCAAUUUCUAAUUGCACCGGGAGUGUGCCACUGCACCUCUGUCUAUUCCCAGUGGAAAAGGGCUUUCGUUCUUCAGGAGCAGUUUGCUAGCCAAGUAUAUAGAAAUUACUUAGCAGUGAGUCCAGCCAUCUACCUUGGCAAGCCAUCAAGGAGAGGCUGGGAAGGCCCCAAGCUUCUCUUACAGAGCUGCAGCAAGGUGUGGCCACACUACUAUGCUCCCAGUGAGCGAGGAAUAAAAAGUGCCUUCAUCUCUGUACUAAAACACCAAAGACUUCACAAACUCAAGACUCUCCCUUACCACACUACCCUCCUGAGGUUCAAAGCUAAACUGCCUGUGCAAUUUUCCCUCUCCCUAGGAUUAGUGACCUAGCUAGCCAUUGUCCGCACAGAUGUGCUUGACUUGAAUACAUUCACCUCACACCAGUUCCAGGGCCUCUACCAAAUGUGCCAGCAGGAGCCACAGAAGGGGAGACUUCAUAUAAGGGGAGCAAACAUGGAGUCCACCCAGGUAUUCUUCCCUCUGGUAAUAGCCAGGCUUAAGCAAAGUGGUUCCAUGUCUACCCUCUCCAACACCUAGUUGAUAGCAUUGUUACUGCGGCCUUCGCCCUGUCUUCACAUGAUAGACCUGCCUCUUUGUAUUGUAUCCUGUCCUGCUAUCACUAGGAGGCUCGUGCCAGGGUUUCGCUCUCUGAGCCUAUAACAUAUCUCUAUUAUAGUUGGCUUUGCAAUACAGCUUCGUUACUGGGGAAGAGGGUUCUUGUCAUAUUUCAAAUGGUCUUUGAUUGUAUUGAUUUUUAUGUUUUCUUUUUCUUUCUUAACUAAUGAGGCAAGAAAAAACAAGUUAGGCAGAAGGAAAACAUAAGUCUGAGCCCACCAUGGCUAAGGAAGCAAGUGCCAAGGCCUUGAAUUCUUCCUACCAUAGUUCCGAGUAGCUAAUAAGUUUCUCCCCUUGGACUUAGAGCCUCCUAACCAUGGCUCAGCUAUGCGCUUCCCUGAGGGCUGGUUGACUAUAACUAUAACAUUCCUGAGUAGGGUUCAGUGUUUUUUUAACUGUCUUUUUGAAACCAGGGUCUCCUAUAACUGAAAGAUACAGGAUACAUGAAGACAGGUAGGUGUGGAAGGCACGCUUCCAACAACUGCUUUCCCAGCCAGUGGCUAGCUCAAGGAACCAAAACCACGAGAGUAUUUUCAGCCAGGGCCAGGCCUCGGAGCAAAUUAUGAUUCACCUAGGAUCUAUACGUACACUAUCUCUCCUUGUCUUCGGGGCCUAUGUACUAAAGCAUCCCCUCGGGUGGAUGCCUGAAAUCUUCGAUAGUACCAAAGCUUGUAAAUAGCACAAUUGUUAAUCUCAUCACUGAGGGGACUAAUAAGUGACUAAAGAAAGGCUGCCUGUAUAGCAUGGAUACACUGGAUAAAUAGAUGAUUGAUGGUCCAUGUGGGAUGGAGCAAGCUUUCAUCACACUGCACAGAAUGGCACAUAAUUUAAAACUGAUCAGCCGUUUGACUCUACGAUGUUCCAUUUAAUAUUGUCAACCAUGGUUGAGCAUGAGAAGGGAAAUGCUGGAAAGUCAAACUGCAGGUAAGAGGGUUUGACAUGCAAAGCACUAAAGCUGCUGCUCUCGCCAAGACCUGACGUUGGUAGUCAGCUUCUAUCCUGGAAAAGCAUCCAGCUGAGCAAGAGCAAGAGGGGACUCAUCACCAAACCGCCCUUCUAUCUAGCUCAGUCUUCUGCUCCCUGCUAACUGGGUACAUCCCUUGAUGAUGUCGCCUAACAAUCUCUCAGAAGCCCCAAGCCCUGGCAUCACCACCUGUCACAGCUGAGUUCCUCAGGGUCCUUGGACAUUCCCUGUAGCUUCAGUGUUACUUUAUUCAACCAAAGAAUUUGCCAAGGAACUUCACGGCUGCUACAAAUACUGGCCACUCUCUUCCAUUCUCUGCCCACUGUGUCUGACAGCUAUGGGAGAAUCUUGGCUGGCAGGGUAUUCUAUAGGGAUGGGAACCUUUUCUAUGAGCCAUUGGGUAUGCUUUUUAGUACUGCUGCCUCUGCAUUAAGCACUGUUUAUCUCUCAGUACUGCCAUUCUCCCCUCAAGUGGAUGAUCACAAAUUAUCUUCUACAGGACUCUAAAAGUACACUGAGCGGCGAAGCUCAGUUGCUGCUAUACUAUGCUAUGGUGUGCGGUGCUGUGCUAUGGUGUACCACAACGUACUGUGCAGCACUGUGCUGCAUUGUGCUGUUCUGUGCUGUUCAGAAUGGCUGAGAGUUUACCCAAAGGAAAAUUGAGAGAGGUGAGGAACUGUUUGAAUAAAAGCCACACUUGCCUUACCUUUUUAAAAAUAUAAUGGGCCCUAGGACAAUCAAUAAGGAAGUUGAAAUGUCUUAUACUAGGAUAGUGAGAGUUAUGUGUUCUGUCAUUCCAAGAUGUGUUUGGCUACAGUAGAACAAGAAGCAUUCACUUUACUGGAUAUCAUGGCCAUAGGCUGGGUAUUGGUAGCCUUCAUUAGGUUUAUUAUACCUUAAGUAUAUGAUACCAAAAAUACUAUUAACUGUGGUUUGUGUUUGUUUGUUUGUUGUGUUGGCAUUGUUAGAGAUGGAACCCAACACCUAUGUAUCCUGGGCAAGUGCUGUAUCACUGAGCUACAGCCCCAGCCUUAAUUCUCAGUUUUUAUCACUUGUCCCACCUCAAAAUGGUUUAUACAGUUGGAAUCAGAAUACAGGGCUGAGUUUCCAAAGUAUUUGAAAGAUAACUUCGCAACUAUACUGAGUAACAGAGCUCAGUAGACUGAACUAACACUGGUAUGCCCUAC